UCCAGUCUUCGUUCGAUAUUUUUCGGCUGGUUUUGGAAAGCAAAUAAUAGGUCCUAAAACAUGAUCUCAAUAGGUUCACCCGGUGGUUACGAUAAACUUGAGUAUAAAACCUUAAAAGAUGGUAGUUUUACUGAGGGAGCGAACAUAACAUUGUCAAACAUACCUGAAGAAGAUCUCGUGGUUGUCAAGAUCUUCGCCAGUGGAGUUAACUACGCAGAUGUUUGUAUCCGAUGGGGACUCUAUGAAUCAGCGAAAAAGUAUGUAGGAUGGCCCAUCACGCCUGGAUUUGAAUUCAGUGGAGAGAUAAUCUCUAAAGGAUCCAAUGUUAAGGAUUUUGAAGUAGGGCAACAAGUUUUUGGUGUGUCAUUAUUUGGAGGGUACUCUCAGAGAAUCAGGGUGCCCAAACAGCAACUUUUUCCUUUGCCUGACAAGCUUGAUAAGUACCAAGCUGCUGGUUUCCCCACUGUUGCACUCACGGCAUGGUAUGCUAUGUUUGAGUUAGCCCGACCGCGCCCAGGAUCUUGGAUACUUGUACAUUCUGCCGCAGGAGGUGUCGGCAGUAUGUUGGUACAGCUUGCAAAGAUUGCUGGGUGUCAGGUGGUUGGCGUGGUGGGUGCUACUCACAAAGUGGAACCAGUCAAGCAGCUUGGGUGUGACCAUGUGGUUGACAAAUCAAAAGAAGACCUGUGGCCUAGGGUAACAGACCUCUCGCCCAGUGGAUAUCAUGCAGUAUUUGAUGCCAAUGGAGUUGCAACAUUAGUGGAUAGUUACAAUCAUCUGGCACCUGGUGGCAGACUAGUAGUGUAUGGAUUUCACACCAUGUUACCUCAUUCAAGUGCUAGCGGUUCUGGUGGUCUUGGGAUAUUUAACUGGCUCCAAAUGGCUUGGAAUUAUCUCCGUACACCAAGUUUCAAUCCACUUGAGAUGACAACCAAAAACAGAAGUGUAAUGGCAUUCAWCCUCAGUUUCAUGUUUGAUCGAUUGGAUAUAUUGGAAGAAGCAAUGACACAGUUACUGGGGUGGGUGGACAAAGGAGUUCUUAGGGUGGGUAGGGUGAGUAAUUAUCCUCUACAGGGGGUGGCACAGGCUCAUCGGGACUUGGAGUCUGGGCAAACUGUGGGUAAACUAGUGUUGACAAUGGGUGAUGAGGUAAUCUGAUUUUAUCAUCACAUCACCACCAUCAUCACAACCCAUCAUCACCAGCAAUGAUAUCACAGCCCAUCACCUCAUCACAGCCCAGCACCUCAUCACUGCCCAUCAUUGCCACCUGUCACCACCCAUCAUCACCAUCCAUCACUACCAUCCAUUAUCACUCAUCAUCACCAACCAUCACCUUCCAUCAUCAACACCCAUCAUCACCAUCCAUCACCACGCAUCAUCACCAUCACCAUCACCUUCCAUCACCACCUAUUGCCACCCAUCAUCAACACCACCAUCACCCAUUGCCACCCAUCAUCAACAGUGACCCAUCAUCACCAAUCACCAUCCAUCACCAGGGUCCACUACCCAUCAUCAUCACCCUUUACUACCCAUCAUAAUCAUCCAUUACCACCACCCAUCAUCAUGAAACAUCACUAUCUAUCACCAGCACACAUCAUCAACACCCAUCAUCAUCACCCUUCACCAUCCAGAAUCACUAUCCAUCACCACUCAUCAUGACCACCCCUCACCACCCAUAGUUUAAAUUACCACAGCUUAUUAAAAUAAUUUUUAUUCUGAAUUUCAAUAAAUAAGUUUUUUUUCAAGAUCAAUAGUAAUAAAAGUAACAGUUAAAAAACAA